UCGAAAAGUUUAAGGAAGAAACAAGAGGGUGUUGGAAGAAACUGGUAAUUGUCCGAAGAUGAAUAAAACAGUCAUAGAAGCCUGGGGAGUGACAUGCAUUGAUGUGUUUUGUAACAAAAUAAACCUGAAACACAACGGAUGUCUCAACCGCUCCAGGCAAUCAGGAGAUGGUAUAUAAGGGCUUCUGGCUCAGAAUUCAUCAGAUCGCAGAGAUUCCUCACAUCUCCUCUUCGUUGAUCCAGGUUGAGCUCCCUGCCCGAAGGAUGUCCUCCAGCCAGCAGCUCAGCUCCCGCUGCUCCCCACCCUGCGAGGUGGCCUGCCCGCAGCCCUUUGCCGACGCCUGGAGCGAGCCCUGCGUCACCUCCUGCGGGGACUCCCGUGCCGUGGUGUACCCCCCACCCGUGGUCAUCACCUUCCCAGGGCCCAUCCUCAGCUCCUGCCCUCAGGAGAGCUACGUGGGCAGCUCGGCCCCCGUGGGACUGUGCCGCCCCAGGGGCCUGCAGGGCUCCCUUGUCUACGGGGGCUCCUUGUCCUCCUCCAGCCAGUUCUGGAGCAAGCGCUAUGGGGGCUGCGGGCCGUGUUAAGCACGUCAGAAGGUGUGGAUGGCAAGAGAAACAGCGGGGGAACUGACGGCAAGACCUGGAUGUGCAGCUGAGCUGUGAAGAUCUCCAAAGCCUUGGGCACCUGCAACUCCCACCUUAUCCAUUGGGACCUAUGGGUGCUGCUCAGCACCUAUGGGAACUGCCCUUCUGCUUAUCCUUAUGUUCUAUUUGCUUUAAUGUCAGUUUUCUCAAAUGUGUCUUUUCCAUUCUUAGAAACUAAAUUACUGAUUAUGCAAAGUCUGUUUUCACUGUUACAGCACUAAAGCCCUUGUAUCACUGAAAACUGGUCCAAGUAUGCUUUUAAUUGUUUGGGACCAUGCAUUCUUUUCUUUGGCAAUCUUUUAUUUUGAUACCCAUAUGUCUAAUAGGAAAGAUCCAUAGAUGUCACCUUGUGUGAUUUGUCCAGUCCAUUUGAAACAAGAACCAAGAAAGAAGAAUAAUGUGCUGAAAAUAAACCAGUUUGAUGCAGGCUAUUAAGUUGGCCCUUUCUGAAAACACUGAAGUCCAUCUUGUAUUUUUCCUUUACUUUGCUAAAAUGUACGCUUUUUGUUCCUAAUAAACACUUAUAAUUGCAUCCAAAUAACAUUCA